GGAUACACAAACACAGAUUAUAACUAGAUUGUUUAGAUGUGAUUCUACUUUUGAUUGAUUGGUUGUGAAGAUUUAAAGUUUCAGAUUUAAAAAUGAGUCGCGAAGUAAGUUUGGACCCUGAUAUAACAGCCUCAUUUGUAAACAGAUAUUUGGAAGAUACAGUAAAAUGUCUAAAUCAAUUGUGUACACAGGCUGAGAUUGAAAUGAUGAAAAUAUGGCGCCAGCUUCAGCAACUAGAAGACAGCUUAGAAAUUGUUGAGUAUAAACUUAAUUCAAUUCCUGGGUUGGAAACUCAAUUGAAUCAGUUGAAAGAAAAUAGUGAUUCUAAACCCAGAGAGCCAUCAGCUGGUUUAUCAGAACCAACAACUAUCACAUCAACUAAUCCACCAUCAGCUGAAAACCCUGCUAAAAAAUCCGUUGAGAAAUCAGCUGAUUUAGAGGUAAAUUCAACAGCUGAAGUAUCAUCUGACUCUGCAACUGAAGUCCCUGCUGAAACAGCAGUAUCUGCACCAACUGUGUCUGGAACCAAAGCUUGUGAUCACCCAAGGUAUCAGAAAUAUUUCAAAAUGUUGAAACUAGGAGUUCCCCUUCAGGCUACGAAAAACAAGAUGGCACUAGAGGGACUUGACGGAAGUGUUCUAGAUACCCCUGAUCUACUCAUGCUAGAUUCUCAGGACCAGGUUUAAUUCAAUUAUUAUUAUUAUCAUUA